UCUUGCGUGCUAUUGUUUGUUCAUGAUAUGACCAAGGUAGUGAAACGUGUGUUCAUGUAUGACGACGAGUAUAUUCAUAGUCGCUCGCUCAACGUCAGAUUAUAUAGGUGGAUCAUUGUGGUCCUCUUUGUCAUUCCCUGAUACACACCCCAUCGUGGUAAAUCGACAUCGAGCUCGUCGAGGAGAUCAACCACCAUGUCGACCACUCCGAAGUAUAAGCUGAUGUACGCCAACACCAAGGGGCGGGCAGAAUCCAUCAGGAUGCUCUUCGCGCUCAAGGGAGUCGAGUUCGAGGAUUACAGGUUCAAGGAAGGAGAGUGGCAACAAAUCAAGAAUGAUAAGACACUAUUCCCACUUGGUCAAAUUCCCGUUCUGCUCAUCAACGGAAAGUCAAUGCCGCAAGGUCGAGCCAUCAUGCGACAUCUUGGAAGAGAGUUCGGUUUCUACGGAGCUAACAAUGCCGAGGCAGAUCAGAUCGACAUCGUCUGCGAGACCAUCGACGACAUCGUUCCCAAAGUAGUGCCUAUCGCUUUCGAGCAGGAUCAAGAGAAAAAGAAAAAAUUAGUAGAGGAUUUCAGAGACAACUCUUCGAAGCCGUAUCUUCCUUAUCUUAACGAACUCAUUGAAAAAGCAGGUGGGAGAUUCUUUGUUGGAAACUCGGAAACAAUAGCUGACAUCAACACGUAUUGUUUAUUGGAGUUCAUAUUCGGUAUACUGGACAACGCACGAGAGACGUACCCAGCCUUAGCGAAGUUCUACGAUGGUAUUACGGAGAAUUCCCGGCUUAGUGAAUACAUCAAAAACCGUCCUCCACCGACUAAGUAGAAACCAUCCUAAUAUGGGGUCAAUCCUAUGUCAUCGUUUUGCUUUUACCCACUUUCGCCCGUCUGUUCGUCCCUAUGGUCUAAUGGGCAUGUAAUUGCCCCCAUGGCAUAUAUACUUAUAGCAUCGUCAAAAUUGUUAGUUUAUUAAUGGUGUUCAUGGCUGUAUUUUGCCUCAAUAUAGUUUAAUGGUGAAUCUUUUAGACCACAUAGAUUAUUUUCUAAACUUUAAUUAAACAUACUGUCCACUCGGAUAUUGGUUAAAACUUAAUCAAAUUAUGGGUAGUUUAAAAGCAAUAAUGUGUGCUUUGGGUGUAAACUACACAGUAUUGGUUGAAAACUACGAAGAGUUGGAUAAUUUUUUUAACCAAUUGUUGUGUGGACAGUAUAUGUUGCCCAACAUUUUAAGAGCGUAGGCUUAGUCUAGACGUGGUCUAAGUCUCGGCUAAAAUUGUGGGAAUUUAGGUUUUUUAACACUGUAUUGUGUUACAUCUUGUGUUAACUUCGGGGCUCUUUCUCCCAUCAUUAUUUUAAUGGGAAGCGUUUCCGGAGAGUUUUUGAUCAUUUGAGUGCAAAAUGUGAUUGAAAUUAUUUUUUGAAUGAGAUGUUUUGAGCAUUUUGAGGAAAUGAUGCAUGAUAGGUAUAGUGUUGAUUUCUUCAAGUAUGAAAUUUAAUGUUACUGGUGGUAGGUCUGGCGAAGGAAGUGGCUGCUCUGAAAAUUUAAUUUGAUUUUGGUAUGAUCCAGUUAUCAGAUUUAUUCAAGUUAAAAGCCAAAGUCAGCUAUCGUGUUCUUUACCUAGCAGUCGUGUAGAUAUACAAAAAAAUAAAGUAAAUUUGAUGAUUAAACUUUAUAAAAAAAAAACUGGCGAAAAAGCAGAACUUUCGAAUACACAAUAACCUUAAAAGACAUAUUUAAAUUUGUGUAAAGACAUGUAUAUGCAAAAAAAAUGUUUUUCAUUUAGCAAAAUAUUAUUAUGCAAAAUGAAAAUUUGUAAGAUAAAGUAUGCUGAAAGUAACUGAAUGUAAUCCCGGAUGUGAUAUCAAAGUUAGGCAGCCUAUUCUAGAAAAGUUGGAAUAAAUAAUUGCAGUGUGAUACACAUCGCGAAGUAUAUGAAACUAAAACAAAAGUCUAAAUUACACAAUAUCAUUCUUUCACAUUUGUCAUUUCUAUGCGUAAGACAUACUCAGACUGUUAAAGCGAUCCCCCACCCCCACCCCCCCCCCCCAAAAAAAAUCGAAAUCGGUCGACCAAUAGCAUAUGACAGAUUAUACAUUAUCUUCAUGAUUUAUUCAUUGAUUAAUAUAAAGUUGUAUAGUGGAAAUCGAAUAGGGUUUAUUUACAAAUUAUUAAGACAGUAAGACGAGAGAAUAGUACUACAUUGCAUUUUGAAAUGUAUUAAAAUGAGUAGUCAUUAAAAACGUUUACCGCAUUCUCAAGAUUUCAUGGUUAUUUUACACGUGUUAAAUUGCUGAUCAAUAAUAGUUUGAAAGUAUUUGAGAAGUGACGGUGCAUGGGGCUUAUACGGAACCAACAACCCUCCUACCCCCCCCCCAUCUCCCCUUACCUUUUUAUCCGGUAGAACGACCCUCUCCUAUUUCCUUUCUGUCUCUCUUUCCCUCUCCCCUUCCUCUUUCAUUCUCUAUAUACCCCUCUCUCUUUCUGUCUGUCUCCCUUUCCCCGGUAUCCCCCUAUUCUCUCAUUCUCUAUUCCUCCCCUACCCCCCCCCCCUCCAUUCCCAUUUCAAACGAUCUUUAUUAGUCCAAGUUGAAAUGUUUAUGUUCGUUUUAGACCGAAUAAAAUUUUACAUAUCGC